GGAUCUGCAAUCCAAUAUGGCUGCGCCCACAAGCAUCAAACAUGGAGCAAAGAGCAGCUGAUUUGUAACAAGUUCGGCGAUGAAGCAAAGGCAGCAUGAUUUACCUGGCUAAUAAAUAUGUGGCACUUAUCAGUUGUAGUGUUAUUAGACACAUAUCUAUGCCUGUCAGCGUUUCCCUCUUGCAUCCAGGGCAGUUGAGAUCAGCUCCCUUACAGGCGCAAAGGUGGUUGCGUACGGGAAACAAGUAUCGCUGCGAAGUGCGCUACGAAUGGAAGGAUCCCAAGUCUGAUGACGAAGUGGUCAAUAUUACCUACGUAAGAAAGGAUGGAUCGAAAGUGCCAGUACGGGGGAAGGUUGGUGACAACCUGAUGUAUUUAGCUCAUCGCUACGGCGUCGAGAUGGAAGGUGCUUGCGAAGCUUCUCUGGCGUGCACGACUUGUCACGUGUACGUGAGGGAGGAUUACUACGACAGGCUACCAGAGCCCGAUGAAAAAGAGGAGGACCUCCUGGACCUGGCGCCAUUCCUCAAGGAGAACUCCAGGCUUGGAUGCCAGAUUGUGCUGACCAAGGACUUGGAAGGGCUGGAGGUGACAUUGCCAAUGGCGACACGCAACUUCUACGUCGACGGUCAUGUGCCGCAGCCACACUAAAAGCCACGCUCCGCUUGUCCAUGUAGCGUAUUCGUUUUAUUGUAUAGAUUUACAGGUUAUUAAAAGUACGCUCGGUUCACUUUC